GCGACAUGACUUGGAUUUACGUUGUUGCAGGACUGUAGUGUCAUUUGCUUUGAUCCAGACCCUCUAUGUCAUUUAUAAAGCAUAGUAUCUAUACAAUAUAUCAGUGAAAUACUCUAAAGGCAUGGUUUAUCACGCUGUGUCAAACCUGAAGCAAGUGGCGGAAUUUGUAGGCAGCCUGGCAAGCUAAAUGUAGGGCAAACGUAAGAUUCAACUUUCACCCCUUGCCGGAUAGUAUUUUCUCUGCCGGCGCGCUCUGUCUAUAGCAACCGUGAAGUGUGUUCGGCAACAAAAAGGGGAUCUGGGCGACGCUGUUGAAUGGGACUGAGAUCAACAUCUGACAGUGUAAGAGCAAGCUCCCUCCUGAGGAAAUCAGUGUGAGAAAUAUGGAUGGUACUGGUCUAAGUAAUGAUGCACAGGCAGAGCUGGACUCGGUGGAGGCUGAGCUGGAGUUGGUGGAGCUGCAGAUCGCAGAACUCCUGCAGAAGCAAGCUGAGCUGACUUCUCGUAAGAAUGCGCUGCUGCAGCGGCUGGAGGAGGCCUGUGACGCUGCACAGUCAUCAUCAUCCUCAUCCUCAACUUCCCUAAAGUCAUCUGGAGCUAAUCCUGUAAUGAGCAAGCAAGAGAUGCAGCGCUAUGAUGGCUCAGAUUUUCCAUGGUCCAAAGAAGUGGAGCAGCACCUGAAGGACACAUUCCAUCUCUCCAACUUCAGACCAUUGCAGCGGAGGGCGAUCAAUCUGACCCUGUCAGGCAAAGACCUCUUCCUGGUGAUGCCAACAGGAAGAGGAAAAAGUCUCUGCUACCAGCUGCCUGCAGUGUGCUCCAAGGGUUUUACACUGGUUGUUACUCCCUUGGUGUCCCUGAUGGAGGACCAGAUCAUGUACCUGAAGUCAAUCAAUGUGCCAGCAGUCAUGCUCAAUGCGUCCAGUAGUAAGGCAGACGCUAAAACAGUCAUGGCGGGAAUGACAGAUCAGAAGAGCCCUUUCAAGCUGCUGUACGUGACUCCAGAGAAGGUUUCUAAGAGCAAGCUGCUCAUGUCUCGCCUAGAGAAAGCCUACAAUGCAAACCUGCUGAGUCGUAUCGCAGUGGACGAGGUUCACUGCUGCAGCCAGUGGGGACAUGACUUCAGACCAGAUUAUAAACUGCUGGGUAUCCUGAAGAGGCAGUUCCCCAAAGUGCCGGUGCUCGGCCUCACAGCCACAGCAACCAGCAGCGUCCUCAAGGACUGUGAGAAGAUCCUGUGCGUGCAACAGCCAGUCACACUCACCGCCUCCUUCAACCGUACCAAUCUCUACUAUGAGGUUCGUAUUAAAGACUCUGACAAUGAUGCAUCAAUAAGUGACAUCGCCUCUCUGAUCAAGAACAGAUACAAUGACCAGUCAGGGAUUGUGUACGUGUUCUCUCAGAAGGAUGCAGAGUCUGUGGCAUCUAAGCUCCAGCAGAAGGACAUUCUAGCCUAUCCCUACCAUGCUAACAUGGAGCCUGAUGAUAAGACCCGUGUUCACCGCAAGUGGGCCUCCAACAAAAUUAGGGUGGUUGUAGCCACAGUGGCAUUUGGCAUGGGCAUCGACAAGCCUGACGUCAGGUUCGUCAUCCACCACACCAUCAGCAAAUCCAUUGAGAACUACUACCAAGAGAGUGGCCGUGCAGGUCGAGAUGACGGUCCAGCAGACUGCAUCGUCUACUUUGGCUUCUCUGAUAUCUUCAGGAUCAGCACCAUGGUGGUAAUGGAGAACGUUGGUCAACAGAAGCUGCUGCAGAUAGUCGACUACUGCCAGAAUAUUGACAGGUGUCGGCGCUCUCUCAUGGCUGUUCAUUUUGAUGAGGUGUGGGAUGAUAAAGGAUGCAACCAGAUGUGUGAUACUUGCCGCCAUGCACAAGAAUACACCACUGUGGACAUUACCCAGCAUGCACAGCAGGUGGUGCAGAUUGUGGAGCUGGCUGCAUCUAUGGAUGAGAAGCUGACUCCUCUGAAGCUGGUGGAGGCCUGGAUCGGGAAAGGCCCCGCCAAGCGCAGGAAGAUGAUUCAGACCACCACACUGUCUCGGCUGCAGGCUGAAGCUGUGAUUGUGCGGCUGCUGCUGCUGGGAUACCUCAGGGAGGAUUUCAGCUUCACUCCGUACACCACCUACUUCUACGUGAAGCUGGGCCGUAAAGCUCCUUUGCUGAAGAACCAGACUCACACACUCAGCAUGAAGAUGAGGACAACAGGCUCUGGAUCUGCUGUGGACACAUCAGCUGUUAAAGCCAAUGAGAAGGAGGUUGAUAUAACCUUUGACCCCAUUGUCAUGGAUAACAGCUGUCCUCCCCAACCCAAACAGAAACUAUUUAAAGACCAGAGGAACCUGUCCAGGAAACAAGACCUGAAACCAUUCAGCCAGAUAGACAAACAGAUAGAGGAGGAGGAGGAGGAUAAGAGAGGAUCCACUGUGACCCAACAUGUAGUUGAGGUUGAUGUUGAAAUUAACAUGAUAGAUAAUAUAGGUAUUAGUGAGAAAAGUCAGAAAACACCGUCACAUCCAGUUAAACCGUCUUCAAAAAGGAAAUCCACCACCCCUCAGAGAGUGAGGAGGAAACCCCGUGCUAACGCAGCAGAGGUGGACACUCCCUCUCCGUCCCGAGGCGGUGACGCCCUCAUCAACGCUGUGCCCAGCUCUCCAUCCCAGGCCUCAGUCAUCUCUGACACUGCAGCUGAGGAGCUCUGUGAACUGAGGAACUACUACAGCAAACAGCUGAGGAGGAUAAACUACAUUUCCCAUGAAUACCUGGGGCAGCCUGCAGAGCCAGGAGUGCUGGCUUGUAUUAGAGAACCUCUGAGGAGCCUCCGUCUGCCCCGCAGGGUGACCAUCGCCCAGACGGCUCGCAGCCUGUGGACACGAGUCAGCAGCAGGCGGAAACUGGUUCACCGCUGAUAUCUACUAAUGAAUCUAAUUAACUAAAUGCAAAAAAAGGAGGUAUUUUGAUCACAGAUUGAGACUGAGUUAAGGCAUUUAAAGGAGCUGUGAUGAAUUCACCUACACACUGGAAUUAUUGACAAAGCAGUAUAUUUGAAGAAUGAAACUGAAAUUGAAUGAGACAUUUGGAAGUCACGUCUUGUGCUUUACUUUGAGAAGAAUUACGACUCAAAGGAGGAAAUGUAUGUAUUUACUGGACUCUGUUGGCAAAACCUUCAAAACCCUCACAUUAAGUCAGGGAAUGGAAAGACUUUCCAGAAAUGGAAAGUUUGUUCCAAGCCUUGCUCUGAGUCUGUGAAGAAUUUGUUUCUCUCUGCUGAUCUAGCAGUUUAUCGGGUAGAAAUGUGUUGCAUUCACUGGUCCUUACACCUGGUCACACACAUAUAUAUAGGGGUAUGUAUACAGUAUACCUGACAGUCUGCUGACCCCUCAGGUUUUCCUUGGUCCUGACCCCCUGUGACCUCUGACUUAGACCAGAGAGAGAGAGAGAGAUGAAUAUGCUACUGAACUGUAUAUAAGAGGCCAUAUUUUCUUAAAUGUUGUACUCUGCUGAAUCAUCUGUGGGUGAAGGCUUGCAGGGUCAGCACAUCUCCAACAGGAUGACUUUUGGAAAAAAGUCAAACCACGAAAGCAGUGAUUCCCAAACUUUUUAAAACCAUGGCUUCCUCUCAUACAUUUCUUGGUCGACUGUUUUCAGCAUCACAUUAAUCCACAUGAAAUAGGACAAAAAGUGUGUGUUCACGGUAAUGAGGGAACAGUGUUUGACUGCAGCGCCAUCCCCUGUCAGAGCUGUGUGUCUGCAGUCUGCCUGCCUUCUCAUGCUAAACCACUGCAGGGAGCCAGAGAUCCCCUCCACUAAUGAAAACCCAGGCCAAAAUACAAACGGUGUUUUCUGCCAUCCACAUGUUUCCAUAUGCAUUUGAAGAAACCAAUCAUGUGGUAGCAGUGUAAUAUAUAAAAUCAUCAUGUAGAUCCAGGUCAUCCAGGUCGCUGCUGUCAGCCAGGAACGGAAAUCUGAGGCUGCAGUGGACCCAGGCUCACAACACUGGACAGUUACUGACUGGUCACUACCUGGUCCACAACAUUAAAACCAGUUACUGGUUGUAGUGUUGUGGCUGAUCAGUGUAUUUUCUUGUUGUUCUCAAAAUGAUGUAGGUUACAUCAUGUCUGAGGUUAAAUCUGUUGUUGCAUGCAAAGAGACUAUUUCAGCAAUAAAUAUUUUACUACGCUG